UUUGCCAAACAUAGUUUUUUUCUAAGAGAGAGAAAAAACUUAAGAAAGAGAAAGUACUAAAACUACUCUUUCUUUUAAGCUUUUUUCCUUUUUUUUUAGCUUGUUCUCCACAUCAUAAUUUGGAUAUUUUCUACAUACAGAAUUGUAGCAUUUUGAGAUAGGAAGGAACAAGACUAGGUAAAAGUUGGACUUUUUUCUUGAUCAUCUGAUCUGAUAUUCUUGAUUCUUGAAUUUUUAUUUGAUUCAAUUUCAAUGGGAGAAGAUCAAGAAAUACUGAAACAUGUAUGCAAAUUCUGCAACAAAAGUUUCAAUAGUGGUAGAUCAUUAGGUGGUCAUAUGAGGUCUCAUAUGAUUAAUUCAACUGAUGGAAAUAUUACAAGAAAAAUGCUUCCAAAUUUAGAUAUGAGCACUGAAGCAGGUAAUCAAAGUGUUAAUUAUGUGCUGAGGGAAAAUCCCAAGAAAACUUCAAAAUUUACUGGGUCAAGUGAAGAAGAUACUUUGCUUCAAAAUCAGAAGAACAAAAUAUGCAAAGAAUGUGGCAAAAGUUUCCAAUCUUGGAAAGCUUUAUUUGGCCAUAUGAAGUGUCACUCAGAGAGAAUCUCAUCAAUAAACAACAGUGUUGAACAAGAUUCUUGGAACAGUGCUAAUACUAAUCAGAAACAAGUUAUGGAUAGUCAAUCUGAUACUGAAACAGCAACACCAAAUAAGAAGAAGAGAUCAUCAAGAAAGAUGAAAAGGUACAUGGCUACUACAACUUCCUCUUCUUUAACUAUUGCUUAUAAUGCUUCUCCUUGUAUCUCUGAGAUUGAACAUGAUCAAUUACAAGAGGAAGUUGCUAUGAGUUUGAUCUUACUUUCAAAAGAUAUGGGAAAUUGGGUUGGUCAAAAUCAUGUCAUUGAGUGUUCUGAUAACAAUUAUCAACCCCAUCAAAAUGAUAAAGAUGGUGAAUUGGUCAAGCUGAAAAUGGUCAAAAAUGGGAAAACAGAACAAGGUGAGAGCUCCAAGUCAAAUGGUCAAAAAAGGGACAAAUCACAAGUUCCAACUGAUGAUGAGAAAAAGAAGAAGAUUAAAGUAGACAAUGAAAACAGAUUUGUUAAAGAGUCUGAAGUUGAAUUUGCUAUUAAGUUAGUCAAAGGGAGUGAUUUUACUGAGGAUUUCAAUUCCAAGAAGAAAAAAUUUGAGUGUACUAUUUGCAAUAAGAAUUUCCAUUCCUACCAAGCACUAGGAGGUCAUAGGGCAAGCCACAAAAAUAUUGAAAAUAAAGGUGUUGAUCAUAUCAAACUCAUCAAAAACUGCAGCAGUGAAAGUGCAAUAAAUGAAAAGAUUGAGACUAAUUCUGGAUCCAAGAAGUUAAAGAAUCAUGAGUGUCCAAUUUGUUUCAAGAUUUUCUCAUCAGGUCAAGCUUUAGGUGGUCAUAAGAGAUCCCAUUUGAUUGCUGAUGCUAAAAGACACAAUAACCAAGCAGUUGAAAUAGUACAGAAACCAGUACCAGAAAUCAGAAAUUUCUUGGAUCUAAAUCUGCCUGCUCCUGUUGAAGAAGAGAACAUGUUUGAUUCUAGCAGUGAGAAUAUUGGUUUCCAGCAAUGGUGGAUGGAAAACAGUCACAAACAUGAGCAGCUACUUGGCCUUAUUUCUAAUUAAUCAUUGGGAAUUUCAUCUAAGGUUCACAAGUGUACAGAUUCAUUGAUUCUUUACAUGAUUGAAGUGUUUAAAUUCUCAAUAGUAACUUAGUGGUGGCAAUAUUCAACCCAAAUUUGUUAAUCUGCCGCAACAACAACUGCAACUCCAAUAAAUUCCACCGGGUUUGGAAAGGGUAGGACGUACAUCGUCUUAUCCCUACCCUGAAAGAGCAGAGAAAUCUUAUCCCUACCCUGAAAGAGCAGAGAAGCUCUUUCCGAUAGACCCUCUUGAUACUUAUUCAACCAGCCCAUUUAACAAACUCCAUUUUGCUCAUUGAACAAGUCCCCCUCCCCCGGGGGGGCUCAAUUCUAUUAUCUUUUACCAAUUUUAAUUAGGGAAUGAAAAUUCAUAUGUACAAGAUGUAAGCUUCUUUUUCUAUAUUGGAUUCUUUUUUGUAUACAUUCUAGCUUCAUCUUGAGCUAGACUUAAUUGUAAUGAAGAGUAAUUUUUUUAAUGAUGUGAUAAUCUUUUCUUGAAAUUGAAGGGGAAUUGAGUGA